GAGCCCAAGGGCUGGAUGAGACAUGCCUGGGUGUGGUGGAGUCUAAGCAAGUUUUUCCACAUCCGCUGCUCAGACUCCAUUACAGCUUUUGCCUCCUCUCAGAAACUUCUGCAACUUUCAUCUUACUCUGCUAGAAUGUUUCUUGCAAAGGCACUCCUGGAAGGGGCUGAAAAAGGUCUUGGAGAAGCACUCGGAGGCGUCCGUGGUGGUGGAGGGCAAAAAGGAAAGGGGCAUCUGGCAGACCUUGUUGGAGGAAUUGUAAACCUCAUCAGCGAGGCGUCUGCAGCUAAGUAUACACCGGAACCACCACCCCCUUACCAGCAUUUUACAAACGUCGAAGCCAGUGAAAGUGAUGAAGUUAGGCAGUUUCGUCGAGUCUUUUAUCGGCUGGCGGGAGAUGACAUGGAAGUGGGUCCUGCCGACCUGAUGAACAUUCUCAACAAAGUGAUUUCCAAACACAGAGAAUUGAAUACAGAUGGUUUUAGCCUUGACACUUGCCGGAGCAUUGUAGCUGUCAUGGAUAGCGACGCAACAGGAAAACUAGGAUUUGAGGAAUUUAAGUAUCUGUGGAACAAUAUCAAGAAAUGGCAAUGUGUUUACAAGCAAUAUAACACCGACCAUUCCACUUCCCUUGGGGGAGGGCAGCUGAAGCAAGCUAUUCAGGCAGCAGGCUUCCAGCUGCACGAGCAACUUUACCAAAUGAUUAUUCGCAGAUAUACUGAAGAAGACGGAAGUAUGGAAUUUACUAGCUUUAUUAGCUGCCUGGUACGUUUGGAUGCUAUGUUUCGCGCCUUCAAGUCACUAGAUGGAGAUCGAGACGGCCAAGUUCAAGUAAAUAUUCAAGAAUGGCUGGAACUUACUAUGUAUUCCUGAAAAGCUGAGAAGACACAGUCCUGCGUUCAAGAUUGGACUGCCCUAAGCCUAGGUGUAUCUACCGGUGAUGGGUUAUUAUAGAUGCUGUUUGUUCUCUAUGCAGUUUCUGAAAUCUUGUACAGAUCCUUAUUGCUUCAUUAAGGCAAAAUUUAAUGCAAAAUAUAUUAAUUUGUAUGCUAUGUGUAAUAAAUGAUUUAUCUUUGAAAUUGCAUGUUUAUUAUUUUUGUAGGUAAAAGAACAGAUGAAAAUCUUGAAGGGAAUAGAAUUUUUUAAAAUCUGUAAUAAUUUCCUGUUCUCAAGUGGGAGUUAUUUGGUAAAUGAAUUCUUAGGAGUAGAAAAUAUUUACUAAGAGUGUAAUAAAAAACCGAAUCGGGAAUAAAUCAACAAAAUAGCCAGUGUUCCUCUCCUCUUGCCCCCUUUUCCUUUAGCUUUAAAAAAGUAAAACUGAAUUAUAAUUUUUUCUCCA